AUGAUAACAGCAGCCGCAACAGAAGAGGAAGUAGCAGCAGCAGCAGCACCAGCAGCAGCAAGAGCAGCAGUAGCACGAAAACCAGACAAAAGCAGCAGCAACAAAAGCAGCAGCAGCAAGAAAGAGCAGACACAUAACAGCAGCAGCCAGUUCUGCAUUUCUUCUCAUAUAUACCUUCAGACGGCGCAGGGGCUCGAGGAGGCAGAAGAGGAAGUAGCAGCAGCAGCAGCACCAGCAGCAGCAAGAGCAGCAGUAGCACGAAAACCAGACACCAGCAGCAGCAACAAAAGCAGCAGCAGCAAGAAAGAGCAGACACAUAACAGCAGCAGCCAGUUCUGUAUUUCUUCUUAUAUAUACCUUCAGACGGCGCAGGAGCUCGAGGAGGGGGGGGAGGCGGUGCAGGGGGAGAAGGCGGCGGCGUUUGGGGUUCUUCCUCUGAGCAGCAGCGCGAAAGCAGAUGUUUUACUAUCGAUACACUGA